AUGGCAGACGAGGCCUGGCUUCCUGCGGUGGUGCCCCUUCUGCUUCGGCCGUCAGGCCGGGUCUUUCAGGCUUCGCAGGCAGCCAGGCCUGACACAACAGGGCAGCUCGGGCUCGGUUUCCCCCUGGUGGGUCUGGACUCAGGAGAGGGGGCGAAUCUCCCCAGGGGUGUGGUCGGGGUUCAGGCUGUGGGUGCCGAGGUGCUGCUGACUCAGCUGGGCAGCCCCUUUCCCUGCCUUCAGCAAGCCCCGCUGCCAGGCUGCUAUUUUCAUUGUGUGACGGAGCCCCUGCCUGCCCUGCCCCAGGAGACCGGCUCCUACGAAAGGAUGAAGGGCUCGGCCGCUCAGCAGGGCCUGAGGAGCGGGGGCCAUGGAUGGGCUCAGUGUCCAGCAGUUGGAGCCCUGGGUCCUGGCACCUGCCACCCCAGCUCGCCCCCUGAGUGCCUGCAGGGGGCCAGGGACGGAGGAGGGGUGACUGUGAAGACGAGGCCAGCACAGACACGGGGUCGGGGAGCUGCCAAGAAUGGCCCACCGCGGAGCUCAGCCUCUGGCGGGGUCCCCAGUGCCGCACAGCUCCAUCCUCUCAGGGGCCUGCCACCUGCGAGGGUUGAGUCUGUCCUCACCCUAUCCCUGCAGGCUGGGACCCUGGGAGGCUGUGGCCCGGGAGUGGCGGCGACUGGAAGAAGAGAAGGAGCAGAGUGGGACUCGGGGGCGUGGGGGCGCCCGGUGUGGUGGGGCCCUGAGCAGGGAGCCAGCGGAGGGUCCGUCCCCAGGGCCCUGCACCAGCCCCCAGUGGCCGCCAGCGCCCGCAGGCCCCACCACACAACUGCUUUCUGCCUGUCUUCCGUCUCAGCUGAGAGAUUUAACAGUUCCAGACUGAAUCUGAAGAACGUGGCCAACUUGGAAAACUUGGUUCAGAGACAGAGAGAAAGGCGACUGAGACGCAGAGCCCCGCCCAGGGACCCCGAGCCCCCCGUUACACCACAGCCCCAGGCCGGGCCGGAGCCUGUGGCCCUGGUGUUCCUGAAGGCCGCUGCCGAGAACCAGGAGGCCCUGAGGGAUGAGGGGGACCCCAAUGCCUGCGACCAGCUCCGCCGCACAGCCCUGCGCUGGGCCUGCCUGCGAGGCCACGGCCGGCUCGUGACCAGGCUGCUGGAGGCGGGGGCCAGCGUGGACGCCCGGGACUUGGUGAGCCCUGGGGGAGCCCAGUGUCAUGGCCACCCCCAGCCUAGCACCCCGGCUGGCAGGAGAGCUUUGGUGCUUUAUCGCACAGCUGGACAGGACAGCUGUGUUCUGGGCCUGCCAUGGAGGACAUUUGAUCCGGAGCACCCCACUGCACGUGGCCUGCGGACCCGACACUGCGACUGCCUGGAGCGCCUGGUGGCGUGCGGAGCCCACAUCAACGCACAGGACAAGGAAGGGGACACGGCCGUCCACGAGGCGGUGUGGCACGGUCACUACAAAGCCAUGAAGCCGCUGCUGCUGCACGGAGCCCAGAGCGUGCGCAAUGCAGCGAGUGCGAGAGGGCGCCCCAGGCCCUGGCACGAGGACGCCAGGUGGCGCCAGGCGGGAAGGACUGACACGGCCCCUUGUCCCCAGGCGUCGAUGACCCCAGUGCAGCUGGCACGGGACUGGCAGCGGGGCAUCCAGGAAGCGCUGCGGGCCCAUGUCGGGCACCCUCGGACUCGGUGCUGAGGGCAGCAGGCCUGCGGGUCACUC